AAUAGCACUGGUGAUAAACAUUUGGUCAUAGGGUAGCAUAGACUAACCUCUGAGGUGUGGAAAAAUAUACACUAGCUGAAAGUGAGUUUGUGGAAUUUCCAAGGCGCUUGUGAGUUUGGCAGUGCAGUAAAUGCUCCACGAGAACCUUCCUGGCUCCGCUCCUCUUCCCUCAAACUGAACACAAGAGUUUUCCUGUGAAGCUGCUGAGACCAACACGAUAUUACACCAAGAUUAUUUUUAAUCGGUGAAGUUGAUUCAACCUGCAAUUUGAAAAAAUAACUUCCAGUUAGUUUGAGCGCAAGCAGCAGUUACUCGGUGUCCAUAUGUUGUCACACAAAAUGGAUGAUUCAACUGAGUUGGCUGAUAUAACUGGAAUGGCUGAUCUAACCGAUAUGGCUGAUCUAACCGAACUAUCCGAUAUAACCAAAAUGUCUGAUACAGCUGCAAUAACUGAUACAGCCAGGCCUAGGUUCGUUGUUUAUUCCCGGGAGCAGUUCAAAAGUUAUGUGAAAACACCGAAAGGCUUCAUACUGGCAUCAGAAACACUCCUCAGCUUAAUCAUCCUCAUCUGCUAUGCCGCGUCUCUGUACGGAGGAUACUCUGCUGUGGCCAUCUGUGAGAUGAUCUUCUCCAUGAUUUUCUUUGGCAUCUUCAUGAUGGAGCUGGACAAGCAGAUCCUAGUGGUCAACUGGCUCUGGACUGAUCUUUUCCGCGCUGGUAUCGGUGCCCUCCUUUACAUCAUCACCUCUCUGAUUUGUGUCAUUGGCGGAGCCGGGGACGGCGCUCGUAUCGCAGGCGGGGUGUUUGGUUUGAUCGCUGGUCUGUUGUUCGCCUACGACACCUACACCAUCUACAUGCAAAUCAAGAGCAGCAGGCAGCACAAUCCAGCUCCCACCCAUGACUCAGUUUAAACACAGACGCGUGCACUUGUGUCAAGAACAUUGAGGAGGACUGAGAAGAUAUUUUGUGGCGAUUUUAACAGAAGGGUGGAGCAGAGGAAACGAUGGACAGUAAAAACGAAUGGAUCACAGUUUUUUGUUUUUUUCAAUGCCACUGAAAGGUUUGAGCAGAUGAGAGAUUUGUUUUUAAGGCCGUGUCUGAUGGAAGGAUGACAUAGCCAAACGUGAGUGUCAGACAUAACCCCGUCUACCACACGAGGAAACCCUCUCACACUUUUAGUCCAACCUCAACGUACCACUGAUUUAAAAAAAAAAAAAAGGGAAACUGUAAACAAUACAGUGUAAAACUUAAUUUGAUGUUGUCGUGGAGCUUGUCUGAUACAUGUCUCCUGUUAACACACUGCUGUAUGAAGUCGUAACCGUGUCACUCGGACUAAAAGUUGUAAUAGACACGUGAAUGGGUGGUUUAGAGAUGGUUGAACAUAAUUAUGCUCCUCUGCAGUUUGGUAUCUUGAGUUUUCACAACGUUUUAAACAUUUCCUGCUGUUACUUAAUCAUUACUUCCUGUGUGUUGCAGUGCCUUGAAGUCUCAUUUACAUUAACCAUUACCUUACCCUGUUCCAUCUUUUACACAUGAAGUGGCCUUCUGUCUUGUAUCAGCAAUCUUUUUGGGUGUUUUUCUACUAAUCAGGGUUUAGUCCAUAUCAUUGGCAACCAUAGAUGUCCAUUAACUGUCAACUUGUUCCUAAUUUGAGUCUCUGCUUUCGCCUGUCUACUUUGAUUCUCAGGCGAGAUAAGAUUAGAUUAAGUUUAAUUGCUCCAACACUGGAAAUUCAUGUGUUGCAGCAGCAAAUAUUCAGUGACAAAUAGAAAAUAGGUGUUUAAUAAACAGAAAUAUAUAAACUCAGAAUAUUCAGAUUUAAGAAAAUGAAAAAAAAAAAGAAAACUAUUUGAAAAUAAUAUUUACAUAAUGCCUGUAUACAAACCUUUCACUGCAGAGAUUACAUGAAAAUUGCUCAGGUUGUGUUUUUCUUUUCCCUUACAUUUUGUGUGCCUAAUAUUUUUUAAAUAGUUAGUUUUUACAGUCCAGUUGUGAAAUAAUUUUUGUAAUCCGUUUUUGAGUUUUAUCGGGCCGAUGAACUAAGAACAAACAUCUGAAGAAAUAUCAAAUAGAUGACAUAUUAUGAAUCAUAAGUAUGUUCUGUAUCUGUUUCCUGUACCCUUUCUGUAUGAUCUGUCUAAAACAUUCUUCUUGUUACCGUCAUGUUACCACAAUGAUGUUUCCUAACAGGUUUUUCAUGAGUCUGCAGUUUGUAAUUUUGUAAUUUAAAGCAUGCCAUGCUUUGGGGAAAUAAAAGCCAUUGUCACUGCAAAGAAAAUCUGUCGAUACUACACAAUCCAGUUUUGCUCAACAACAGCUUGAUUGUGAACUGUGACUGUCUGGAUGCUUUAUGUGCAAAUGUGUCUUCUCUUAGAUUGCCACUAGAUGGUAGCAGACUUUUACACUUCAAAAUUUCAAAUGGACUGCUAAAUUGCUAAAACUGCUUGAGCCUCAUAAAUUAAAGUGUAGAACCACGA